AUGAAGCUGCCCAAGCAAGGCGCCCAAAUCCUGGAAGACACUUAUGAGUUCCAGCACUCCUGUGUUCGCUGUGCCUGCGGUAGGACCAUGCCGACUCUGGUCUUGCGUCAGGCCACGGUUUUCCAGCACUAUCGUGUUCCCUGUGCCGCAGGUAAUCCUUGGUCUGAUGACGAAGUGUCAUCCACUGAAGAAGAGGAGGAGCUGGAGUAA